UGUGUAGUUUCUAUAAUUAUGUAAGGGCUGUUUUUCUUCUUCAUUAUUCUAUAUGCCACUGCUAGUUUUUCUUCAUUGGAAUAGCUUUGUCUCUCUUCCCUCUACUUUAUCUCAUGUACUCACUCCUAUGCUCUUAAAUUCUACUCCACUGUGUCUUAUUCAGCUUUAAAGGAGUUUCCAUCCUCAAAACAAAGUGAUAUUGGCUAAGUGCAUGUUUGGAACCCUUCUACAAUUGAUUCUGAAGUCAUAAUCAAUUUUGGAAUUGAUUCUGAAGUCAGAAUCAAUUUUGGUGAGAAGCUUAUGGGGUUUAGAAUUGAUUCUGGUGAAAGAGAAGUUGAUCCAAACAUGAUAUAAGAGUGUCUGGGUAACUUCAGAAAAAGUACUUUCCAUUUGCUGAUGCUACUUUUGUGACAGAAGAUUGUCUCAAAUCUUUGGUUUUCCAUCACAGAAGAAUGAACUUGUUGUAGCAAUUAAAGACUAGAACUACGUGUCUACUUUGAAAGCCUAUCCAGGGAUAUCACUUUUGUUGUCAUGAGUACCACUUAGCAACUGUGUCUAAACAACUAUUGGUGAUAGUUCACCUUCUUAAUACAAUCUCCUGGAAGAGACCUUGGAAGCAUUAAAGUUGAGAAGUGAUUCAUUCUACAAUGCAGGCAUCAGAGCAACAUAGAAGUUCAAGCAUGUACCAUCAACAGUUGCAACAGAUUGAAGCCUACAACUUGCCGCAGUAUCGAACCCUGAAUCAUCAGCUAUACUACAAUGAUGGAGGCCAAUUCUCCACUCCAAGUUCUUCUGAACUUUACUGCACAUUGGAGUCAUCAUCUGCAACUGGAAGCUUCACUGUUUACAACUCUCCUUCAACUGUUAGUUUCUCACCUAAUGGUAGCCCAAUAUCACAGCAAGAUUCUCAGUCAUAUUCAUAUCCACCUGAACAGUAUCAUUCCCCUGACAACAACUAUGGCUCUCCGAUGAGUGGAUCUUGCAUAACCGAUGAUGUAAGUAGCUUCAAGCACAAGCUGAGAGAGUUAGAAAGUGUAAUGCUUGGCCCUGACUCUGAUAACAUUGAUAGUUAUGACAGUGCUAUUAGCAAUGCAACCAACUUUGUUUCACUUGAGAUGGACAGUUGGAGACAAACAAUGGUAGCAAUUUCUACUAAAAACCUGAAGCACAUCCUUAUUGCAUGUGCCAAAGCAAUUGCAGACAACGAUUUGCUAAUGGGGCAAUGGCUUAUGGAUGAAUUGCGGCAGAUGGUGUCAGUUUCUGGCGAACCGGUUCAGAGGUUGGGAGCAUACAUGCUAGAAGGACUUGUUGCGCGAUUGUCCGCAUCCGGGAGUUCAAUCUACAAAGCUUUGAGGUGCAAAGAACCAGAAAGUUCUGAGCUUCUCUCCUACAUGCACAUACUUUAUGAGGUUUGCCCCUACUUCAAGUUUGGAUACAUGUCUGCCAAUGGAGCCAUUGCAGAAGCGAUGAAAGAUGAAGAUAGAGUCCAUAUAAUUGAUUUCCAAAUUGCACAAGGAAGCCAGUGGAUCACUUUGAUUCAGGCUUUUGCAGCUAGGCCUGGGGGACCACCCCACAUCCGAAUUACAGGUAUUGAUGAUUCAACAUCAGCUUAUGCCCGCGGAGGGGGACUACACAUUGUGGGAAAGAGGUUAUCAAAGCUUGCUCAGCAUUUUAAGGUGCCAUUUGAAUUUCAUGCUGCAGCUAUCUCUGGUUGUGAUGUUCAACUGCAUAACCUUGGAGUUAGACAAGGCGAAGCUCUUGCUGUAAAUUUUGCAUUCAUGCUGCAUCACAUGCCGGACGAAAGUGUCAGCACUCAGAAUCAUAGGGACAGGCUGUUGAGGUUGGUUAAGAGCCUAUCACCAAAGGUGGUGACACUUGUUGAGCAAGAAUCCAACACAAACACUGCUGCGUUCUUUCCACGUUUUCUUGAAACUCUGGAGUAUUACACAGCAAUGUUUGAAUCAAUAGAUGUUACUCUCCCUAGAGAGCAUAAAGAGAGAAUCAAUGUGGAGCAGCAUUGCUUGGCAAGGGACUUGGUUAACAUCAUAGCUUGUGAAGGGGUUGAGAGAGUGGAGCGACACGAGGUACUUGGGAAGUGGAGGUCAAGAUUUGCAAUGGCUGGUUUCACUCCUUACCCAUUGAGUUCAUUGGUGAAUGGCACAAUAAAGAAACUGCUUGAGAACUACAGUGAUAGAUAUAGACUUGUAGAGAGAGAUGGUGCUCUAUACCUGGGUUGGAUGAAUAGAGAUUUGGUUGCUUCAUGUGCAUGGAAAUGAGAACUGAGCAUUAUGUGACUCCUCAAAGUUUGAGGUGGGAUCAAGAUGAACCUGUCCUUGUUCUUAUUCGGUUUAGUUACUUAGGAAGAGUUAAUGAGAAAAGCCACAUCACAUCCAAUCUAAUUGUCCAUUUUCUCUGUUUCAAGAAUUUCGGUAUGAAAUGUAGCUAGCAUUUUUCUUGUAUCAGUAAUAUUGAUCUUUCUUUUCACAGUCUUUCUGGACCCUGAAUUAAAAGAUGGUUACAUAUAA